AUGAUUGUUGAAAACCAGGACAUAAGGGAAAGGCGACUAGACGAUCUCAAACAGAUCCUGCUGAGGAAACAGUAUCCAGCUGAGAUCAUUGAUUACGGUGUAAACAAAGCCCUCACCCUGACAACGGAAGAGUUAAGAAGGGUGAGAGAGCAAGCUACCGAAAAUAACCUCCUUUGUCUGGUAACAACUUACAAUCCCACCAAUCCGCAAGUAUUCCAGCUGGCCAGGAGAACACUUCCCAUGUUAAACCAAAACUCCUCAUUAAAAUCCAUUAUGAGCAAGACUAAAGUAAUUCACAGUCAGCGACAACCCCGAAACCUCCGAACGAAUGUUAACUAA